AUGGCAAACGCAAGUGUUGCUGAAGAAGAAGGUAACAAACUCACGCUCUAUUCGUAUUGGAGAAGCUCUUGUUCUUUCCGAGUCCGAAUCGCUCUCAACCUCAAAGGCCUCAAAUACGACCUCAAGCCCGUCAAUCUGUUGAAGGAAGAACAAUCUAGCCCCGAGUUUCUCCAGCUCAACCCUAUUGGUUGCGUUCCCGUUCUAGUGGAUGGCCACGCUGUUAUUUAUGACUCUUUCGCCAUUAUUUUGUAUUUGGAAGAUAAGUAUCCUCACAAUCCUUUACUCCCUCGUGAUAUUCAUAAGAGAGCAAUCAAUUUCCAGGCUGCUAGUGUUGUUUCAUCAACAAUACAACCUCUUCAAAACUUGGGUUUACUGAACUACAUUGGGGAGAAAGUUGGCCCUGAUGAAAAACUUCCUUGGGCACAAAGUGUAAUUAGAAGAGGCUUUAGAGCACUUGAAAUGCUAUUGAAAGACCACACCGGAAGAUAUGCAACCGGAGAUGAAGUUUUCCUGGCAGAUGUAUUUUUAGCACCUCAGUUAUAUUCGGCCUUUAAGAGAUUCAACAUUCAAAUGAACGAGUUCCCUAUUCUAUCAAGAUUGCAUGAGACAUAUAAUGAGAUCCCUGCAUUCCAGGAAGCUCUACCAGAGAACCAGCCAGAUGCAGUACACUAG